AUGCUGAAGGGGGUCUGGUUGCUCAGUGUGUUGACAGUGGCUGGGAUCUCGCCCACGACGGAGAGCCGCAAGCCCGCCAAAGACAUUUGCAGCCGGAGUCGCUGCCCCUGCGAGGAGAAGGAGAACGUGCUGAACAUCAACUGCGAAAACAAAGGCUUCACCACCGUCAGCCUGCUGCAGCCGCCCCCCUCCAAGAUCUACCAGCUCUUCCUCAGCGGCAACGCCCUCACCCGCCUGCACCCCAAUGAGUUCGUCAACUAUUCCAACGCCGUGACCCUGCACCUGGGCAACAACGACAUGCAGGAGAUCCGCACCGGGGCCUUCAGUGGCCUGCGGACCCUCAAGAGACUGCACCUCAACAAUAACAGGCUGGAGGUGCUACGGGAGGACACCUUCCUGGGCCUGGAGAGCCUGGAAUACCUGCAGGCCGAUUACAACUACAUCAGCGCCAUCGAAGCCGGGGCCUUCAGCCAGCUCAACAAACUGAAAGUGCUCAUCCUCAACGACAACCUCCUGCUGUCCCUGCCCAGCAACGUCUUCCGCUUCGUCCUGCUCACCCACCUGGACCUGAGGGGGAACAGGCUGAAGAUGUUGCCGUUUGCCGGCGUCCUGGAGCACAUUGGUGGGAUCAUGGAGAUCCAGCUGGAGGAGAACCCUUGGAACUGCACCUGUGACCUGCUCCCCCUCAAAGCCUGGUUGGACACCAUCACCGUCUUUGUCGGGGAGAUCGUCUGCGAGACGCCCUUCCGGCUGCAUGGGAAGGACGUGACCCAGCUCACCCGGCAAGACCUCUGCCCUCGGAAAAGUUCCAGUGACUCUCACCAGAGGGAAAAGCACCCUUCCCACUCAGACACGCACAUCCAGAGGCUCUCACCCACGGCCAACCCUGCCAUCAGCCCCACCAGAGCCCCAAAAGCCAGUCGGCCACCCAAAACGAGGAACCGUCCAACGCCUCGGGUCACAGUGUCAAAAGACAGGCAAAUUUUCGGGCCUAUCAUGGUUUACCAGACCAAGUCCCCCGUGCCCAUCACCUGCCCAAGUGGCUGUGUCUGCACUUCGCAAAGCUCUGACAAUGGUCUAAAUGUGAACUGCCAAGAGAAAAAGAUCAGUAACAUCUCAGAUCUCCACCCCAAACCCACCAGUCCAAAGAAACUUUACCUUACAAGUAACUAUCUACAGGUUGUUUAUAAAACCGAUCUCCUUGAAUACAGCUCUCUGGAUUUGUUACAUUUAGGAAACAACAGGAUUGCAGUGAUACAGGAAGGUGCCUUUACAAACCUCACCAGUUUACGCAGACUUUAUCUCAAUGGCAAUUACCUUGAAAUUCUGUACCCUUCUAUGUUCAAUGGACUGCAGAGCUUGCAGUAUCUCUACUUAGAGUAUAAUGUCAUUAAGGAAAUCCUGCCACGCACCUUUGAUGCUCUGAGUAACCUUCAUCUAUUAUUUCUGAACAACAACUUGCUGAGGUCUUUGCCUGAUAAUGUGUUUGGUGGUACUUCCCUCACGAGGCUCAAUCUGAGGAACAACCACUUCUCACACUUGCCUGUGAGAGGAGUCCUCAACCAGCUCUCGGCUUUAAUUCAGAUAGACCUCCAAGAAAAUCCUUGGGAUUGCACGUGUGACAUAAUGGGGCUCAGGAACUGGAUAGAGCAUGUCACUGAGCAGAACAAUCAGCAGUCAAGUCCCCCUGUAGUUAUCAAUGAAGUCAUAUGCGAGUCUCCAGCUAAGCACUCAGGAGAACAUCUGAAAUUCCUGAGCAAAGAGGCCAUCUGUCCAGAGAACCCUAACUUGUCAGAUUCUACUCUCUUCUCUAUGAGUCAUAACACAGACACACCACAGUCCCUCAGCAUCUCGCCCAGCUCCUAUCCAGAAAUACACACAGAAGUUCCACUCUCUGUCUUAAUUUUAGGCUUGCUGGUUGUGUUUAUCUUGUCUGUCUGUUUUGGGGCAGGCUUGUUUGUCUUUGUUCUGAAACGCCGAAAGGGAGUGCCAAGCGUGCCCAACAGCGCAAACAACUUAGACAUAGGUUCAUUUCAGCUGCAGUAUGGGUCUUACAACAUGGAGAGCCAUGAUAAAACUGAAGGGCAUGUUUAUAACUACAUCCCCCCUCCUGUCGGGCAGAUGUGCCAAAACCCAAUAUACAUGCAGAAGGAAGGGGAUCCGGUUGCGUACUACAGGAAUCUCCAUGAGUUUAGCUAUAGCAAUCUUGACCACAAAAAGGAAGACUCAGCCAGUCUUGCAUUUACAAUCAGUGCCGCUGAAUUGCUGGAAAAGCAGUCCUCGCCAAGGGAACCAGAGCUGCUGUAUCAAAACAUUGCAGAGAGGGUCAAGGAACUCCCCAGUGGAGGGGUUGUUCAUUAUAACUUUUGCACCUUACCCAAAAGGCAGUUUGCUCCUUCCUAUGAAUCCAGACGCCAAAACCAGGACAGGAUAAAUAAGACUGUUUUGUAUGGAACUCCCAGGAAAUAUUUUGCAGAACAGUCUAAACCUGAGCACCCUUUGCUGCAAGGAAAGCUACAAACAGAACCAGACUACCUCGAAGUUCUGGAAAAACAAACUGCAAUUAGUCAGCUGUGA